UGCCUCUCCCAAACCCUGGGAAGGGCCUUCUUGCUCCUCCGGGCCCAAGACAUCCAAGGAAGCACUCCAGCUCUACGCCUGCCUGUUCUCCUGGGAGUGAGCGCCACAGGGACCAUGAACGAGGCGAAGGGGUCCCUCCGAAGCAUCGAGCAGAAGUACAAGCUGUUCCAGCAGCAGCAGUUCACCUUCAUCGCAGCGCUGGAGCACAGCCGCGAAAACGCCCACGACAAGAUCCGGCCCAUCUCCAGCAUUGAGCAGGUGCAGAGCUACAUGGAGCACCACUGCAGCAACGCCACAGACCGCCGCAUCCUGCACAUGUUCCUGGACCUCUGCGCGGAGCUGAGCAGGCUCUGCCAGCGCUUCGAGGCCCUGCACUCGGGCACCCCGGUCACCAACAGCCUCCUCGACAAGUGCAAAACACUCGUGAGCCAAAGCAAUGACCUGAGCAGCCUGAGAGCAAAGUACCCUCACGACGUGGUCAACCACCUGAGUUGCGAUGAGGCCAGGAACCACUAUGGAGGCGUGGUCAGCCUCAUCCCCCUCCUCCUAGACUUGAUGAAAGAAUGGAUCGCACACUCGGAGAAGCUGCCCCGCAAAGUGCAGCAGCACGUGAGUGAGCCCUGGAAACGUCAGGAGGCCACCGCGGCCUCCACCCAGCCUUCCCAGACCAGAGGCGUGCAGCCUUGGCCGAGAGAACGCCAGGGUAGGCAGCUCACAAAAGGCAGCCUCAGACCCAGGGGGGAAGACAGAGGUUCCAAACCUCCUUGGAGACCACCUGGCGGGAAACUGUGACUCUGAGCCAGCGACCUCCAGCGACCUGUCACCUCUCCUGGGCCCAUCCCACAGGGGCUGUCACCACACUUGGUUCCCACUGGUCGACCCAUUUUCACUAGCCUCCACAGUCCCGGCCACUCAUGAACCCCCAAAGGGACCCCCAGUAUAUCACUGGGAACCUCGCCUUCCGCUCUUGCUGUAACUGCUCACUUCCCCUUGCCUUG